CAACUGUCAAGUGUCAACUAAACUAACCUAUAGCGUGUUUUUGACGUGUGGUCAAAUAAAACUUUCAAUUUAAAGAAUUCUUAAUUUUUUAGAAAGAUAUGAUUAAAUUAAGCUUGUUUUAAAGUAAAACCUUAAUUAAUUUCAAAAUGAGUGCUACUCCAUCCAUCGCCGGUCUAACAAAUCGCAAUUUAUUUCGAAUCCAAUUUCAAGAACCAUACGAGGAGAUAAUACUCAGAGAUGAGACGACACCGAAUAUACGCAGUAUUACAUUUAGUCCUAAAGGCACCUACUUAGCUUACAGGACAGAUAGAAAAGCAGAGAUAGUUAAAUGUGCUGAUUGGUCGGUGGCAGCAUCAAUCGAUGGCAACUACAAAGAGAUGUUCUUUUCGCCACUGGACAAUUACUUCAUUGUAUGGGAAAUGUUUGCUAUAACUAAGGAUAAUCCUCAGGGUAAACACAACUUACAUGUGUUUCGAUCAACAAAUGGAGAAAGAGUUGGAGCGUUUAUCCAGAAAAAUCAGAUUGGAUGGGAACCAAAAUGGUCAUCCGAUGAAAAGCUAUUUGCAAUGCUCGUAAACAACAGAGUCGUCAUUUAUGAGGAUGUGAAUCUGGAUAGAUACACCCAGAGCAUCCAGGCUGAGAAAUUGCAGUCAUUCAGCAUAUCUCCGAGUACAACACCUGCAUACUACUUCUCAAUAUUUACUUUAGGCAAAUCAGGUCAACCAUCCUUCUGGCGUGUAUUCAAAUACCCCGACUUUGAAGUAUCACAGGCACUAGUGAGCAGGUCUUCUUUUCAAGCUGAUAAAGCUGCUUUCUAUUGGAAUAGACGGGGGACCAAUGUCUUUGCUAUGACACAAACAGAGGUAGACAAAACGGGUAGUUCUUAUUAUGGAAAACAAUCAUUAUCUUACGGUGAUGUAAAGGGUAAUGCUGGGAACAUGUCCUUCAGCAAGGAAGGUCCGAUCCACGCGAUCGCAUGGAACCCAGGCAACUGGAACGAGUGGGCGGCGGUGUACGGCCACGCGCCCGCUAAGGCCACGCUCUUCAACGCCAAGUGCGAACCGCUCUUCGAGUUCGGCACCGGCGCAUGGAACGCGAUCUACUACCCGCCGGAGGGAAAUAUUAUCCUCCUCGGCGGUUUCGGUAACAUAGCAACGGGACACAUUUCCGUGUGGGAUGUGCGCGGGUACAAGAACAUCGGGCAGUGCUCCGCGCCCGACACCACGAGCUUGCAGUGGGACCCGCGGGGGGAGACCUUCCUCACCGCGACCACGUACCCCAGGCUUACCGUCGGCAAUGGAUACAAAAUCUGGCACUAUUCUGGCGCACUAAUACACAAGCGUGAAUGUGUGGAAAAAGAGAACUUACUCUCAAUAAGCUGGCAGCCCGGCACGUACCCCAAGAGUGAGUUAUCGAGGUCUGCGCCUAAAAGCAUAGAAGAUGCCACCCCUAAGGCCACAGGGGCGUACCGGCCGCCCGGUGCGAGGAACCGCCCCUCCACCUUCACGCUGCAUGAACACGAGAAGCCUCAUCGACCGGGACAGACUCUUGACGCCGCACCAUCAAAGCAAGCUAUAAAACAGAAAGAGAAGAGAGAAGCGCGAAAGGCGCGUAAAGCGGAAGAGCGCCCCGAGGACGCGUCCCCCGCGCCGCCCGCCGCCGCGCCGCGAGCGCCCUUCGUCUCCACAGGGGACCCGGAGAAAGACAAGAAGAUCAAAAAUCUUAAUAAGAAACUAAGCGAUAUAGAAAAGUUAAAGCAACAGAAGGCGGCCGGCAAGCAAUUGGAACUCAACCAAAAGGCCAAGAUCGACAGCGAAGCCGCACUGUUGCAAGAAUUAGCUCAACUUAAAUUAUGAUCUAAUACAUAAUUGUACGUUAAAAAAAAAUGUAUAAUAUUUAAAUUUUUGUUAUUGCGAGAUAAGCUUGCGCUUGACGACAAUCAUGCUUCGUCAUCGUCAUCCCAUUACCGGCCCACUAC